AGUCAUCAGCACCACGACAAGCGUCAGGAUAUUGUCGGCUCUCGUUUCGUUUCUGUGCGGGGGAAUCGAUUUCACGAUGGACGUUGCAGCUUCUUGAAAACCGCCGAUCCCUGUUGAACUAUGGACAGCCAUCUCUCCUUCGAAUCCCUCCGCGCGCAAUUCCCACCCCACAUCGAGCCUCGAGUCUGGGUGAUUACGGCUGGCGACUCGCCAAUUGGUAUUUCAGUCGCACGGCAGAUUCUUACGCAUGGUGACUCAGUGUUACUUGGUCUCCUGGCGUCAGAUUUUGCCCGGGAUGAGUGCCGCCGCGAUGGAUUCGACGUCUUCUUGGCCGAGGUCGAGGAACACCGCGCAGAGGGAUGGACGGAACGAUUGAAGACGGCGACUCUGGAUACCAGGAUGAUGGGAGAAUGUCAAGCUGCAGUGGCAGAAGCAGUGGCUACGUUUGGCAGGGUAGAUAUUCUUCUCUGUUGCACGAGUCAAGCCAUCAUUGGCACCGUGGAGGAGCUCGCUGCCUCCCAGCAGACGAUGAAUCUAGUGCGAGAUCAAUUCGAAACCAACUAUUUCGGACCUCUCAAUAUCGUCAAAGCGGUGCUGCCCCAUAUGAGGCGGCAAAAGUCCGGCCAUAUUAUGAUUCUUUCUGGCAUCACGGCGCAUCUCGGCACUCCCGGGCUCUCGAUGUAUUGCGCGGCGGGCUGGGCUCUCGAAGGAUUCUGUGAUAGUCUUGCCUACGAAAUCGCCCCCUUUAAUAUCAAACUUAGCAUCCUACAAUGCAGCAUCGAAAUCGGCAUUCUCACCAACCUGGUGACAAGUGUGCCUCCAAUUCUACCGGCUUAUUCGAUAGGUGCCAACCAGGCACCUUUGUUCCGCGGAAUCCUCGAUCGUCUGAUCCCUCGCCUUCCGGCCGGGCAGCCAGAGGACACAGAGAACAACGGCAACAUGGAAACAACGGACGGGAUAAAGAGUACUCAAUCCGCCAGGCCCGGGGAAACCGGGCCCUUUUCCGCGCCAAGGGUUGUGUCCAUGUAUCCUCCGCUCAGCCCUGCGCACUUUGAGGCCCUAGUCACUGAGACAGUCUACGCGAUCACAGCCAUCGGUGGGCAUGAGAACCCGCCAUCCCGUCACAUCGUGGGCCAGGAAGGAGUAGCGAGCGUCAAGGAGAAGCUGAAGACGGUCAGCGAGGAGCUGGAGGAUUUCAUCCAGGCGAGCUUUGCUAUCGAUAUUGCUGCUGAUACCGAUCAGUAUAGAUUGCCAAAGGAAGAUGGAGCCUUGAAUAGCAUAUAACGAGGGUAUAAGAUAAGAGUUCAGCGUCUAUCGUAUGUCUAGUAGACGAAUUACAUUAUAUUAACCUUUAAUACUGGC